AUAAGUGUUUUUCACUAGCGACUGUUAUUACAUUUAAUUAAAAAUACAAGGUAUUGAUUCUAAAAAGUACUGGAAUUUCCUAUGAAUGCCUUUCAAUAAGCGUUACUAUUGAUCGCCUCACUUUACGUCGAAAAAAUGGCAGACGAAAGAAAUUUUCGAUCGUCUUACUAUGAAAAAGUUGGUUGCCGCGGUGUAGAGGAGAAGAAAUCUUUGGAAAUACUUAUGAAAGAGAAGCCCUGGGACAGGGUUAAGCUAAAACAAUUCUGUCUACGUUUCACUGUACCUGCUGCUUAUAGGAAUUUGGUAUGGAAAGUGUUACUCGAUAUUCUGCCUGUUUAUGCGGAUUCCCACCAAUUUGUGGCAGCACAACGCACAGACCAAUAUAACCAUAUGCUGUAUGCAGUGGAAAUGUUAGAGUUAAUUGAUAUGAAGGCCCCUCGUAGUGAGAUCCUGUUAGCAAUGUGGCUGCUAGAAAAUGAAGAACGGAAACCCCCCAAAUUCCCAGAAACAAAUUAUAAUUCAGCUGACACAUUCAUACCAAUAGCCAACACUUUACUUCAGCUUUACGAUGAUGAAGUGGACGUCUACUGGCUUAGUAAGGUGCUUACAGAGAUAGUUCGUAACAUGCAGAAAGAAUUACCGAAAUUAAAGGAAGCCUUUCAAAGCAUGCUUGAAAAGGAAGAUGGGGAACUAUAUAACCAUCUAGUUGAGAAGAAAGCACUAGAUGUUUUACCUUUAAUGAAAUGGUUUAAUUGCUGUUUUGCUGGAGUUUUGGAUGACACAUCCCUCACAAAGAUAUGGGAUAAAAUCUGUAGUGGGGCACCAAAGAUCCUGUCCUUUGUGGCUGUGACACUAGUUAUAACUUUACGAAGAAAUAUACUUAAAGCCAAAAAUGGUGAUGAAGUUCUGAAGUGUGUUUCAGAGAUACCCGAACAAUGUGAAGAGGUUGUAGCAAAUAAAGCCAUUGAAUUAUGGCAAUACUACGCUCAACCACAAAACGAUCAGCUCGCGAAGAAAUGAUGUAUGACCUUCUAAUGAGUUAAUACUCAUUAGAAGAAAAUGUAUGUCAGCAGCAGCCGCACUCAACCAACCGAAUUAAUGAGAGGUGUUUGAUUAGCCUCAAGGUCAUUGUACCAUUGGUAGACUUAAUGUGAGAGGCACGUGUUCUAUCCUGCUCUAUUGGACUAUUAACUAAAGUUAUUACAGUUAUUUAAAUAAGGAAAAUGUUUAUAUUAUUAUUAAACGCAAUGCUACUAUUUUGGUAAGGAUGUGAGGAUUGUUAAAAUCAAAAUAUACUAUAUUCAAGUAGACACUAACAAGGAAUGAGUCAAAGCUAGCCCAAAUGGUUUGAAAUGUGUAUCUGAGAAGAUCCGUCUAAAAAAACUCGGUCAUUACUUUUUCACCAAUCAUGUAUUUAUUACAUAUUUAUAUUUCCUGCAAUAAGAUUACCUAUAUAUAUAUAU